GGAGGAGGAGGCGCGCGGCGUCCGUGCCAAUGGGCGCGCGCUAUCUAAUUAAACCCCUACCACGUAAUCCCGGCCGCACCAUCCCCCCCGUUUAAAUCCACUCCACCGGCGCCGCCGCUCCGACUCUCCGCCGCGCUCCGUCCCUGCCUCCGGAGGAGAGCAGCUCCAUCCCGCCGCCUGCGCGCCAGCAUGCUCUGCGGGCUCCGGCCGCUCUGACUCCGCGCUGAGAUCCAGAUCCGUCCCGCGGGGUUUGUGACCCGGAGCGAGCCGAGCCGCAGCGCAUCCGCUACAACGGGUGUGACGAGAGCCUUGGCUCGGGCUGAGAACAUCAUUGUUGUCGAGGAAACCGUGACGCCGUCCCACCACCAUGGGGAAACAGAACAGCAAGCUACGGCCAGAGAUGCUGCAGGACCUCCGGGAGAACACCGAGUUCUCCGACCACGAGCUGCAGGAGUGGUACAAGGGCUUCCUGAAGGAUUGUCCCAGUGGAACCUUGAAUGUGGAGGAGUUCAAGAAAAUAUACGCCAAUUUCUUCCCAUACGGAGAUGCCUCCAAGUUUGCAGAGCACGUCUUCCGAACUUUUGAUACCAACGGCGACGGGACGAUAGACUUCCGGGAGUUCAUCAUCGCCUUGAGCGUGACGUCACGCGGGAAGCUGGAGCAGAAGCUGAAAUGGGCCUUCAGCAUGUAUGACCUGGAUGGAAACGGGUACAUCAGCCGUGAGGAGAUGCUGGAGAUCGUACAGGCUAUCUACAAAAUGGUGUCAUCCGUGAUGAAGAUGCCAGAGGAUGAAUCCACGCCAGAGAAGAGGACAGAUAAGAUCUUCAGGCAAAUGGAUCUGAAUAAUGAUGGCAAGUUAUCCCUCGAAGAGUUUAUCAAAGGUGCCAAAAGUGACCCGUCCAUCGUCCGGCUACUCCAGUGCGACCCCAGCUCGGCCUCCCAGUUCUGAGCCCGCCCCUUCACUUUAUCUCCGUGAUGCUACUAAGUCACUCAAAUCAAUGCAUGAUGGUUCACAUCUCUCAUCUACUUUCUUCUUGUAGUUUUGUGGAGGCUCUAACAAGAGUGAGGAAGAAGUUUUGCUUUUAUAAAUGGACGUCCACGCACUUCUGGGACAUGUGUGUCCUCGUGUCAUGAAGGUCGGAUGUUUCCUCUGCUGGAUGGGGACGUCUGCAGCUCUCCUCCAGCUCACAUGUAUAUCCUGUACAUACUGUAGGUCUGCGUGCACCCCAACAUGAAGUUUCACUCCUCCUCAUUUCUCUGGCAUUCAAAAGCAGUAUUAUGUAGCUUCCUGGUCGGAUACGAAUGUGAGGGCGGGGCGAAGGUGGGGGCGGGGCUUCUGUGGGAUUUUACUGCUGUAUGAACUUUUUGCUGAGAAAAAGAGGGCCGAAGAUCCUUUCAGGUUUUUUAAACUGCUGGUGUUUUCUUUUUCUUCACAAACUGUUUUUCUUUGUUGUACAUAUGAUUUAUUUAUUGAUUUUCAUUCUUAUUGUUGUGAUUUUUACAUCGUCAUUGGAGAUGACCAUAUUCCAGUUUACAUUACCGAGAGAGAGAAGAACUCCAAGAUGAAGGAUUUCCAGAAGAUGAAGGACUGAUCAGCAACACCAGUCAUGGGUUUAGACCAGAGGUCUGCAACCUGCAGCUCCAGAUCCUAAUGUGGAUCUUUGAUCUCUCCAUGGUGGAUCCUCGGACAAACAUAAAAUAAUUCAUGGAGACUGCUGACCCAGACAUGUCGACCGUCAGA